CUCUCUCUCUCUCUCUCUCUCUCUCUCUAGAUUCUGGGCACAGUUUUUACCGCCUAGGCUUUGUGUUUUCAAAAAAAGCUCAGUUUUUAAUACCACCCCAUUUAUUCAAAAGCCAUUUUGUACCUCUUUAGCAAAUGGGUGAGUUUCUUUCUUCACCAUUGUAUUGCCAGGAAGGUCUUUCAUGGAGAUGUUUCAGUUCAGAUGGUAAUUAGAUCACAGAAGAGAGAGUCAGCUUAGAUAUCACUGAUCAUAUUCUGCAUUUAUAUAGUUUUCAAGAACGGAAGUUUUAACCCAGAAGUCUUUCAUUGCAUUUCUGCAACGAAUAUUCAUCUAAGGAGAACAAAUGCCGCGAUCAAGGGGAUCUGAAGUGGUUCAAAAGCCAACUCUUCGAGGCUCACAUAAGCUAAGGACUUCAAGCUCUGAUUCAGAACCACUGCAUCAUCGACCAAUCACUGACCGAAGUCCAAAGCUAGGAGAUCGUCGUUCCCCAAGAGGUUCACAAUCGGAUCCACUGAACCAAAAGAAACUUGGAACCCGCCUUGCUGAUUUAGAAUCUCAACUUGGCCAAGCACAAGAUGAGCUAAAGAGUCUAAAAGAACAGUUGGCUUCAGCUGAGGCUGCUAAAAAAGAAGCCCAAGAAAAGCUGGACAAGAAAGCUAAGAAACCAGUUGUGACUUCUGAGCCAGUGAAAAUCAGUGAAACACAUCCUCCCUCAGAAAGUGAAGAUUCUAACAGAACAGACAGCUGUCCCUCAGAUGACAACAGCCAAAGGGAAACUGAUGUCUUUGAAGUCCCUGCAGAGAAAGUUUCAGCUGAGCCAAAGGUUGAAACUAAUGAGACUGAUCAGGUGGAAGAAGAAACCAAACCAAUAGAUAUUUCAGCUGAACCACCAUUGAUUGUUGAGCCAGAGAAGUCACCCUUCCAUGACUUGGCUUUGAAAAAUGAAGAGAUAGACAUGCUAAAAGCCAAGUUGGAAGAGAAGGAAAAUGAGGUAGAAGUAUUUGGUCAAGAAAAUGACAGUUUAAGAAACCAGCUAAAGGAAGCAGCUAUGAAUAUCUCAACUGCUGAAGUGAAGGAAAAGGAAAUGGCCUUGAAGUCGAGUAAGUUUGAAGAAGAGCUGGAAGCAAGUAAAGCUAAUGCAGCUGAGUUGAGUGAGAAGCUGAAAGCAAUAGAAGAAGUGAAGGAAGCACUGGAGGCUGAGAUGAAGAAAAUGAGAGUGCAGACAGAGCAGUGGAAAAAGGCCGCAGAUGCAGCUGCAACAAUACUUGCUGGGGGUGUGGAGAUGAAUGGGAGGAUUUCUGAGAGGUGUGGCUCCAUGGACAAGCACUUUGGUGGAGUGUUUGAUCCCCCAGGUGGUGGCUAUGCUGGUUUUGUAGGAUCACCUGCUGCUGAUGAUUUGGAUGAUGGUUUUGGUAGUGGAAAACGAAAGGGUUCAGGGAUAAAAAUGUUUGGUGACUUGUGGAGAAAGAAGGGCCAGAAAUGAGAGGCCUUCAAAAAAUCCUGUUUGCUGGAGGUGGCAAAGCAGUUUCUUACUGCUUCACAUGUAAUACGCAGUGUGUUUUAGAUCUACCAUCUUGGUCAUUAUUGUUUACCUAGUAGUUCCGGAGGCAUGUAGAAUUGUUAAAAAUGGGUCAUCUUUGUUGUAUUAUUAGUAAGACCUUAGUAAACCUUCUCGAAUAAUCGGAUAUUUUGUUGCUGCCUUGCCUG